AGAGAAGAUGGUGCAGGGAGGAGAGAGGUCAGUGAGGAAGACAUCCCACUUCUCACUCACAUGUAGACUCUUGAGCCAAUACUUGAAGAAGAAGAAGAAGAAGAAUGGCAACCGUGGCGAGCUUGCACUUCGCCAACAAGCUAAAGAGAAUUCACUGGUGCCCAACACCGUCAGCUUCGAACCUGGGGUUGAUGUUUCAGGAAAGAAUCACCAUCGCCAUGCUGAAAACUCCAUUCUAACAAAGGAGGAAUCUAACAUGGCUACGAACACCAAGGAGAAACGGAAGGACCAGUUUACGGUCUUCUACGGCGGAAAGGUGGUGGUUUUCGACAAUAUUCCGGCGGACAGAGCCAAGGAUCUGAUGCUGAUGGCAAGUAAAGACACCACUUGCAACUUGAUGACACUGCAACCCCAAGCCAAUAAUUCUUCUGGUGAUUGCCACCGUUUGCAUGCUCUUGGCCAUGGUAUGCUGUCGCCUUGGAUCAUGCUCAUCCAUCUUUCUCUCGUUGAUGAUAGAUAUGCCCAUAGCGAGAAGGAACUCCCUCCAUCGAUUCCUGGAGAAGAGGAAGGAUCGGAUGGGCAAGGCACCAUACCAAGUCCAUGGCGGCUCGGAGGUGGCGAAGACGGAGGAAGACCAGCCGUGGCUCAGCUUGGGUCGACGAGUUCCGGAGGCAGGAAGCACUUGUCAUGUGUAGCCUUGCGGUGUUUCCGGUUCCUUAACGAGUAUAUUAUAUAUGUAUAGAUACUCGGGUUUGA